GACAAGAUCAGUAAUGUGAGUGUGUGUGUCUAGCCGUCAAUGAUGCACGACUCAAGCAAGAGUGCAGUUACCAUAACAAGAAAUGUACCCUGAAUUACCUGUACAGAAUCAGUCUCACUCAGUCUCCAAGCCGACUCGGAUCUCUCUCUGGCUGGCCCAUUUCACUCUCACUUCCCCUCACCGACCUCUUUCCCCCCAAACCUCCUACUCCCAGAGACUCGUGCUCUUCAAUCCACUUGCACUGCAAGUCCCCCCCCCUUUGUCCACCAGUUCGAGGGGGCGAGACGAGAGGAGAGGAUCAGGGGGGGAGGGUCGAGUAGAAUAAUGGAUCCUCCAGAUAACGUUGAGGAGAAAGCCACACGCGCAGUGGGCGGAUCGGCCGCUUUUUCGGAGCCAUUUGCUAACGGCUUCAAGUGACAGCGUGGCCAUUGGCCAACCAGCGCCGCCCACGCUUAUCUGGGGAGACGGGGACUUGUCAUGGCCCAUGGACUCUCGGCUCUCGACUCUCAGAUGUUCAACCGCCCGGACGGGGGCAACGCACGGCUGUCAGACUGUCUCACUGCUCGGUGGAGAAAGAGAGAGAGAGAGAGACAGAGACAGAGAGCCCUGAGAGUCUGUCAGUCAGUAUCAAGACUGGAGACUCGAGACUGGAGACCGGAUUGAGCCAGCUGUGGGAAUCCCAUUGUUGUGGUUCCCGUCCUUGUCAGUUGCCUCCUCCUGGUGUCGUAUCCGAAGUCCCAUCCUGCAUGCCGGGAAGCUGUCCGCGCCCAGCCCGCCCACGCACUAGGGGAAGACUCGACAACGAGCCUGCUCUCGUUGGUUUGCCUUGGGCCAGAGUACGAUGUAAGUAGUGUUGGGUGGUGUACGUAUCGAAGCACGACCCAAAGCCGAAUCGCCCCCCCCUUCCCCCAUCUUCAUCCCAUCCCAUCCCAUGGACCAUGACCAUAAUGCGACAGGAAACCGAGGGGGCGACUGUGUCCAGGAUGGCCUGCCUUUUUUGAGCCCGUCCUUGCCAAGAUUUGCCUCUCUCCCCCGUCUGUCGAUACAGCUAGACAUCGUAGAGAGAGGCAAAGGCGGACACAGACACAGACCAGACCAACCCGAGCCCAACCCGACUCAAACUCGGAUCCAGCCCUGGACCCUCCCUCACCUUACCUUAUCCUCUAUCCUCUCUCGUGUGGUAAUUAUCCAUCGUCAACGGAGUGCAACCUGCUUACCCCCUUCCUUGCACGACUUGGAUCCGCUUGCCGCCCUUGACAAGAACCCUUAGUCCUUGCGCGCGCGCCGGUUCCUCUCCUUCAUAUAAACCUCUCUUCUCCCCCUUCCCCCUCGUCUCAUCUAUCCAGAGUCGGUUCGGCACUUCCUCUCCGUCCUUUCUCCCAUUUCCUCCUCCCUUUCCCUCUCCCCCCCACGGGUCGUGCUCCAGCAAAUCGUUCUUCGGAACAGACGUUGUCAACUUGUCUGUUGACACACACCCAUUCUCGACACCACACUUCCGUUGAGAGACGAGAGAGAACACACGACCAUCACCAUGGCUCCUCAAGAAGGGGUCCUCCCCACAACGGUCGAGGCCGAUGAGAAGGCCAUCGGCGGCCCUCCCGGCUACGACUCGGGCAGCGGCAAGGCCGUCCGCGGCGCCAUCAGCGAGGAGGCCUGGGCCACCCGCGCCGGCCUGAACCUGACCUCGUUCAAGAAGCGCGAGUAUGGCCGCGGCAUCGUCGAGCUCGACCGCGCCAUGAGCAGUCGCCACCUCCACAUGAUCGCCAUCGGUGGCUCCAUCGGCGCCGGUUUCUUCGUCGGUUCCGGUGGUGCCCUGAGCAAGGGUGGUCCCGGUUCCCUCUUCAUCGACUUCCUUCUCGUUGGUAUUAUGAUGUUCAACGUCGUGUACGCCCUUGGUGAACUCGCCGUCAUGUACCCCGUCUCUGGUGGCUUCUACACGUACUCGACUCGCUUCAUCGACCCCUCCUGGGGAUUCGCCAUGGGCUGGAACUACGUCUUCCAGUGGGCCAUCGUGCUCCCGCUCGAGCUGACGGUAUCCGGUCUCGUCGUCCAGUACUGGAACCAAGAAGUCAGCGUCGCCGUCUGGAUUACCCUCUUCUUCCUCGUCAUCGUCAUCAUCAACAUUUUCGGCUCCAUCGGGUACGCCGAGGAAGAGUUCUGGUCGUCGUGCCUCAAGCUCGCUGCGACCAUCGUCUUCAUGAUCAUCGCCCUCGUCCUCGUCCUCGGCGGCGGCCCGGAGAGCGGUCAAUACAGCGAGUACUCGGGCGCGAAGCUGUGGUACGACCCCGGCGCCUUCCGCAACGGCUUCAAGGGCUUCUGCUCCGUCUUCGUCACAGCCGCCUUCUCCUUCUCCGGUACUGAGCUGGUUGGUCUGGCCGCGGCCGAGGCCAAGAACCCCGUCAAGUCGCUCCCGGGCGCCAUCAAGCAGGUGUUCUGGCGUAUCUCGCUCUUCUACAUCCUGGGUCUCUUCUUCGUCGGUCUGUUGAUCCCCUCCGACGACCCCUCGCUGCUGUCCGAGUCCUCGUACUCGGACGUCAAGGCGUCCCCCUUCGUGCUGGUCGGAAAGUACGCCGGCCUCAAGGGCUUCGACCACUUCAUGAACGUCGUCAUCCUCGUGUCCGUCAUCUCCAUCGGCGUGUCGGGUGUCUAUGGUGGAUCGCGUACGCUCACCGCCCUGGCCCAGCAGGGUUACGCGCCCAAGAUCUUCACCUACAUCGACCGCUCCGGACGUCCCCUGCCGUCCGUCUUCGCCAUCCUCAUCUUCGGCCCGUUGGCGUAUGUCAACCUCAACGCCAGCGGACCCGUCGUCUUCGACUGGUUGUUGGCGCUUUCGGGUCUGGCCGCCGUCUUCACCUGGGGUUCCAUCUGCCUGGCACACAUCCGCUUCCGCAAGGCGUGGGCGUACCACGGCCACACGACGGACGAGAUUCCGUUCAAGGCCAUCGGUGGCACCGUCGGCUCCUGGAUCGGUCUCUUCCUCUGCUUUGUCGUUCUCGCUGCUCAGUUUUACACUGCGAUUGCCCCUCCCGGUACGAGCGAGCUCAACGGUGCUGAAGGCUUCUUCAAGUCGUACCUCGCCCUCCCCGUCGUCAUGGUCUUCUGGAUGGGCGGUUUCCUCUGGAAGCGCACUGGCUGGCUCCGUACGGCGCAGAUGGACGUCGACACUGGCCGACGUGAGCUCGACUGGGACGAGAUCCACGCUUACCGCGCGCGCAUCGCGGCGUUGCCCAAGUGGAGACGCAUCAUUCACCACGUGUGGUAGUCGAGAGGCAGUUGAUGAAAAAAGGAGGCAAGGAGACGAAAAAAGGAACGCCAUACGCGCCUGCGCUUGCAAGAAAAGCGUGGGCAGUGAGGCUCGUUACCCCGUUCAUGUACAUUGUAAUGAUAAGGAGGGGGAGUUCAGUUCCAUGAUUGACGACGUGCCUCAUGGAACGAGGCGACUCAUCCUAGUAAUUGUUAGCAGAACUAAGAUACCACGAGUGUUUUUUACACAUUAAAAACAUCCAUACCCCCCCCCUGGCUGUAGAUAGUGUCAUCAGGAGAGGCCUGCGCAUCGUGAUGCUGGAUGAGAGCUGUAUGUUGUCGAUGUUGUGUGUUGUUCGACUACCACGUGUCCGCUCGCAUACGAAGAAAGGAUUGAGAACAAGAACAGCAAAUGUGACAGAGGUCUGCCAGCCUGUUAUGUGUUAUGUGCUUUCUGGUCUUGCUGGCCACUGUAGAUGCCAAGACGCUGCGGGCGUUCUUGGGGUUGAAGCAACCCCCUCCCCCCCCCCCCCCCCUCUCCCUU